AUAUACUUAUACUCUGCUCUGCUCUACCCCAGUCCAUCAGGUGCUGCUCUACUGCUAUAGCUCAUGCCCACUCGGGACGUCGUCAGCUUCUGCACUGUCCUCGUCAGGGCCUUCUUUGGCGACAAUGCAGCUGUAAUUCACCCUUGCUCCUAUACAUCUACAAUUGACCAGGCUAACACACUGAUUCCAGCGCGUUGCUUCCACCUUACUGACCUACGGCCGGCAAGAUGCAGCCAGCCUCUCCCGACGCUGCAAGAUGCAGCCAAAACUCGUUAAACGCUGUCUAGCAGCCCUCAUCAUGCAUGCUUGCUGCCAAUUUGCAAAAUUCCCCCUCUACCACGAAGAGGAUCAAGCCCGUGUCCUGUAUGAAUGCAAUCAUGUCCAAAUCAUGGCCCUCUCCCAGGUGGGGAAAGCCAUCUUCCACACCUCUCGCAACCACUCCGUCCAUGCAGCCGCUAUGGUCAAGCAUGUUCUAGCACAGGGUCAAGUGCGUGUGCGAGACUUGCUUCUGCAGUUUAGCGCCCAUGAAGACACCCAAGACCAAGACACGUCUGCUGCUGCACUCGAGCAUCGCAUCAUCAAGCUCCUACAUGAACGCUACUUUGUCUUUGCCCACCCGCGUGACCACAUCAUCGCAGCGGAACGCGAACGCGAAGUCAGAGACAAGGCCAAGCUCGAUGCAAAAAAGAACUUGUCUGAUGCAAAGCUCAAGCAGCAGAUUGAAGAGAAAGUCUCAGCAAUCAUGCACCGACGUGAGCGUGAGGACAAUGAUAAGAUUGAUGCAUUGUACAGCACUGCCGUGGGUCUUUCCAGCCUCGACGGCAGUGAUCAUGGUCCUGCUCGUAAAAGAGUCAAGAUGGACAAUGGCUCCGCUGCAACCAGUUUGCUUGACGGAGAUGCCAUUGUGCGUUUCAACUUUGAUAAACUCGGCGUGCUGGCCCGAACGCGAGAUUUGGUGUCUCUUUGUGCACUAUGCUGUGGCGACGAAACGGCACGCAUUUAUGGCAGAUUGCUCGAUACGCUUCAAUUGAAGACUGCCUCUUGCAGACAACGCGGCAAACUCCGUGUGCCUAUUACCGAACGCCACAUCGCUCGAGCCAUCCCAGAUGACAUGGACCUGGACGAUGCCUGGUGUACACCUCCUAAAUCAAGUCGAGUCGCUCAAAAUAAAAGGUUUGAGCCACACGUUGCCCACACAGGUUACGAAUCCGAUGAGAUCAUGUCGGAUGAAGAACGAUCAGACGAGUCAGACAUGGAUGAGGCGGGUCCAGAGCCUUCCGUGCAUUCAAAGCGCAUCUUGGCCAUUUUGACUGGCAGCCAUGUGCCGUUCGUCUCUCAAUUGACCUCAACCUCUUACGAAAUCGAUUUCGAAUUGCUUGGCGAGGUGCUCAGGGAGCGUCAGGUUGAGGCUCUUGUCUCGCAGCAGCUCGGACCUACUGCUGUCCGUCUCCUUCGCAUCAUCAAGGAGAAGCGCAAAGUGGACGAAAAGCAACUCUAUGCCAUUGCCUUGUUGCAGCACAAAGACAUUCGACAAGCACUCACCAGUCUUCAUCAGCUCGGCGUGCUUGAGCUGCAAGAAGUGCCCAAGCGUUUGGAUAGACAGCCCUCUCUGACACUCUUCUUUUGGUUCCACAAACCAGAGAAGGCUGCCAUGACGCUUGCUAGCGAGCUGUGCCUAGCCAUGGCUCGCAUACACCAGCGACUUGAAGCGCUCCUCAAGGACAAAUCACGCUUGUUGGCUAAAUCAAAGCGUACAGACGUCCGACACCGUGAAGCUGAGCUGAUGAGUCCCGCAGAGUUGCGUGACCUCAAGGGUGUUUAUGCCAUGCAGGAAAGGUUGCUGUGUCAAUGUGCAAGGGCUUAUCAAGCAUAUCAAAGUCUCGUGCAAUACUAAAAGUGCCUCUCUAGCCACUCGAUAUAUUACACCUACGUACCCAAAGUGAAAUCUGUUCCUGUUGAC